AUGACUGUUUACAAUACUAGGAGUACUGUCAAGCCUGGGAAGCAUUCAGUGCUGAAGAAAUUAGGUUCAACUACCAAAGUAUGUAAAGAUCAGAAUAGUUCAGGGAAAUAUCUUUUGCAUAAUUCUAAUGAUGAACUAAUUCAAAAAUCACAAGAGUUGAGUAACGAAGAAUAUGAAAGAAAAAUUCACCAUCAUAACUUACGUCCAACUAGAUGCCUAAGAGGAAUAUCAACACGAUCAACUUAUAAGAGGUCUCCUUCACCUUGUAAAGAUCGUCCAUUUGAUGAAGCUUUAUUGUAUCCAUCCAAAAAUUCUUCAUUAUCUACAAAUAAUAAAGAAUUAACUAAAAAGUUGAUAGGAAGAAAUAUAAUUAGUGAUAUGCGUAACAAAAAGAAAAGUCUUGGAAAUUCAAGAUCUCCUAGGUUCCCAAUAAAUUUAAAUAAAGAGAAAAAAAACCAUAAAUCUCCAAAUUCAUCAAUUUCUACAACUCCUAAUAAUAAUCGACAUCAUCAUACUAUACAUCCAACUAGAUGCUUGAGAGGUGUAUCAACACGUGCGACUUAUAAAAGAUCACCUUCACCUCGUAAGGAUUGGCCAUUUGAUGAAGCAAUUUUGUAUCCCCAAUCUUCAAAGAAUACUAUAAAUCACGUUGAAAAUAAAACUAAAUCCAAAAAUAAAAUUAAAAAUAAAACAAAACAAAAUUCAUUUAAAGGAAAGAAAUCAAAAAAAUCUUCAGUAUCUUUGAAAGUUAUUGAAGAUUACUCUUCUAAAUAUUUUGUAGAUAAAAUGCCACUUGAUAAGAGUAAAAAGCUUAAAAGUCAUUUAAUUUCAAAUCUAUAUAGUCAAAAAGCACAAAAUAUUCCAACUAAUAUCUCUGAUAGUGAUUUCAUUAAGCAUGACCAAGAGAAAAUUAAUAGCAAAACUUAUAAUUUGGAAUUGAAAGAAAGUAAAAAAAGGCCUUAUAAAGUUAUUGAGGAAUCAACAGAUAUUAAAUUACAAAGUGAAAAUAAAAAUAAAAAAGUUAAAAAAAAAACAGAGAUAGAAAUUGAAGAAAAAAGUUUAUAUGAUAAUAUAUAUACCAAAAAUGGUAAUUCUUUAAUGGAUUAUUUAGAAACUUCAAGUAUAGCAACAGUAGAAGAUGGUAAUGAACCUUUUAAACUUAGUCCCAAGGCAGGAUCUCAUAUAGGAUGGGGUGAAAAAGAAUUGAAUACAAAUACUUGGAGUUACAAUAAGAAGUGUAUAGAUGAAUAUGAUAGUAUAAAUCAAACUAGCAUAUUUUUGUGGAAUGAGAAAUACCAAAAAUUGGAAAACCUUCAACAUCAUAUGUGCAUAAAUGACUAUCGCCUAGUUAGCUUCUCAAGGGAUCGUUUCAAUCCAUAUAUCAACCAUUGUUGGGUUAAUGUUGCAGAAUAUAUCUGGCAAUUAGAUAAAAAUGGUCAUAUAGUAAAAGAUUCUAUAAAUGGAAAUAGUAAAAUUACUUCUGAACUUCCAGCACUAUUUGAACUGUUAUUUAUUAAGAAAGAUUCUUUUGUAGGCUCAAUAGUUCAUCAAGUUUCAUCUCUUUUCAUUUCUCAUGAUGAUAUUUUUAUUGAAAUGUAUAAUCAAAGUUUGUUUAAUUUUCAUCCAAAUAUCGUUAGAAUCGAUGAAGUUAUGCAAGAUUCAAUUUUUCCCUAUUCAAUAUUCGUACAGGAAUAUAUGCCAUACUCAUGUCUCAAUUGGAAUGAAAAAUUCAGAUAUUAUGAGCCUCCUACUUUACUUGAAUGUUUAGAAUCAGAAACAAUGAGACGAGUUUAUACUGAAACAGGGGCAAGAAUUAUAUUUGGCCAAGUUCUAAACCUUGUAGAUUAUCUCCAUAGAAUUAAAAUAUCUGGAAUAUAUUUAAGACCUGAAUCUGUUAGAAUCUCUCAUGCUUUUGAUGAGACCUAUAUGGACCCAACAAAAAGACCUCUAACAAGAGUAAUAUAUAGCUCAAAAAUUCCUAUCGGUCAUUCUAUAAGUAAAACUAGACGAAUAGAACUCAAAUGUGAACUUAAAAAAUUAUGGAAAGAUGCACCUACAAUUGAUGUUUCAUCUUCAUCUAGCAUUGAAUUUAAAACACUUCGUGAUACACUUUACAAUAUUAAAAAGAGUAUACAUAAAGUUCCAUAUAAUCAUCAUCUCUUUGAUUAUGCACUAAUGACCAAAAAUACAGUCCGGAAAAUAAAUUCAUCUACAGGGGAACCUUAUGUUAAACUUUCAGGAAUAUUUAAAGGAAUAAGAACUAAGAAACGCUACGAAAUUUUUUCAGGUAAUAAAUGGGUAGUUCCUCCUGAAACUACGGCCUUGUUAUUUAAUUUUAAUCAAUUAAAUGGGAAUAAUUCAGAAUUAAAUCAUUAUAAAUGUGAUAUAUGGAAUCUUGGUAUUUUACUCCAUUGCCUACUCACUGGAGAAGUACCUCUAAUCCUUAAUAACAGAGUCUGCAUAAAUACAAAUAUAUCCUCUCCUGCCAAAACCCUAAUCAGUCAAAUGUUGCAUGUUAAUCCCAAAUAUAGAAUCUCAACAUCUGAAAUUUUCAAUUCCAGUUGGAUGAGCAUAAAAAAUGAUAUUUUAUAA